AUGGCAUCUCUCCAGAACAACUUCGAAGAGGUCCAAAUUGAACUGUGGGAUGCAAGAGAUCCAGAAGAAAUAGAUCAAUUCAUCUCGACUGACUACAACUCAAAAGUAAAGCCAUUGAAUGAGGCAGAUAAGAAAAAGAUUGCUAAUUUAGAUGUGCUACGUGGUCUCAAUACAAAGUUGGCCAAGAUCAGAAAUAAUGUGAAGUUGACUAAAGAUCAAAUUUCACAAGAAACCCGGUUGAUUGAAGAUCAGAUUAAAGAAAUAGUGGAAGGGGACGAAGAAGAAAAGGCUGAAUGUUCAUCCGAAUUCAAUUUGGAAGACUUGAUUUAUAAAAUUGCUUGCAGGGGUCCAAAUUUCCUCGGGUACCGCCAGUUUCAACAUCAAUCAUUCAACUUUCAGAUGUUCUCAUCCGUUUUAUCUCUCAGACAGCCAUUUCAACCACAACCUCUUCAACUCGAAGACAAAAUCUUACAAUUCAAUGGGGAGCUUUAUAAUGAGGAGUGUCAAGAUUCGAAUGAUACCACUUACAUAAUGAACUUAUUGAAGCACUCUGACAGCACCCCAGAUGCCAUACUAAAUACCUUUUGCCAACUACAAGGAGAAUUCGCAUUUGUCUUGGUAGAUUUGAGAUCGAAUUUGGUUUACUUUGGAAGGGAUUCUGUUGGUAAAAGAUCAUUAUUGUUUCGUCAUCUGCACCAAGAAUUGCUCGUCACCUCCACCGCUGAAAUGGAGAGCCAAUCAUUCAUGGAAUGCAAAAAUGAAAUAAGCAUAUAUGACAUGAGUAAGCAUUCUAUAAUUCAUCAUAGUUAUGCGGACUUGCACGAGAAAUACUCGUUGCCUUCAUUAAAUUAUAAGCCUUUGGUUUAUAAUCCCGAGGCGUCUAUUGAUAAGUCUCUAGAGGGAUUGUAUAAAAUCAUCAAGUCGAAAACUUUAGUGCGGCAGCAGCUUAUACACCCUCUCACCGAGGAAGAUUCAGCACUCGCAGUAUUAUUCUCGGGAGGACUCGAUUGUACCGUGCUAGCUGCUUUGAUCUGCGAGAAUAUAAUUGAGAGAAAACCUUCGAAAUUAGUCAAUAUUGAUUUGCUAACGGUAGGUUUUGACAACCCGCGUACCAAUCAGAGAGCAAGCGCAUCGCCAGAUCGUAUGUUGGGCAAAAAAUCAUGGUAUAACUUGGCAGCAAAAUAUAAUGGUGAGUACUUGAAGUUAAGGCUAGUGGAAAUCGACAUCAGCUAUGAGCAAUGGUUGACCCAUAAGCAUAGAGUGCGUGAUUUGAUGUAUCCUUCCAAUACUGAAAUGGAUUUAUCCAUUGCUAUUGCAUUUUAUUUUGCCUCUUCCACAUUGCCACAAUCUACAAAAUUGCUAGAAAAACCUGAUACUUGUACUAUGUCAUACGAAGAGUUUAUCUUGAAAGAGUCUCAACUCCUUCAAAUCACCCCGGAAUAUAAGUCUGCGGCCAAAGUUUUAUUUAGUGGUUUGGGAGCUGACGAAUUGUUUGCAGGGUACUCCAGACAUGAAUCUAUAUUCACCAACAACAUUACCGAGACAUCGUCGCGAGAGGACAUAGAGUUACGCUACAAUGAGUUGAGUAAAGAAUUGAUAAACGAUAUUGCAAUAAUCCACAAAAGAAACUUGGGACGUGAUGAUAGAGUCAUUGGCUGCUGGGGAAAAGAAUUGAGAUAUCCUUACUUGGAUGAGGAGCUCAUAAGUUAUGUUAUUAACGAAAUUGAACCCAACUCAAAACUUCACUUUGGAUUUGAGACUAUAACAACUAAGAAAAAGGGCUCGAAAACUGUAUUGAAAGCUACCCGUAAAUACUUGUUACGUGAAUUGGCAGGGUAUCUUGGGUUAGAGUGGGUCAAAUCAGAGCUCAAGAGGGCCAUCCAAUUUGGCGCUAAAAGUGCUAAGCUAGAAAUUGGACAAAGUAAGGCAAAGGGCACAGACAACUUAUAG